CACCACCACUACACACAGGUGUAGGGGCAGGAGAGGUUCUAGCAUCCCUGCCUGAGGCAGGUGUCCUGGUGACAGGUGGGGAGGUGAAGGUGGGGACUGUGCUGGGGUGUCGACGGAGAAGGGAGGCUCAUGUGUCCACCUGGACUGGAGUCUGGGGACCUCACAGAACCAUAUCCCAACACCGCCAAUCUUGCCUCCCUCAAGAAGUGGGCAGAUGAGGCUCAUUUAGACCCAAACGACCCUAGAAACACCAAGUUCCUCAGCCUACUCCAAUCGGUGCCCACCACCACCACUACUGGGGCUGAAGUCCACAGACCAGUGUUCAGACUGAGACAGCUCCAUGAGAAGGAGAGGUUUGUCAGUGACGAAGAGUUUGCCAAGGAGAGACGCUUUGCCCUCUUGGAGCACAGACAACAGGGGCAUCCAGAGUUGAAGAACAAGUGCAUUCCUAUGGCCAAGGAGCACAUCUCAGCCAGCCAGUGGAAGGCCGUUCAAGAGUAUCAGGCUUACAAGGAUUACGAGUUGCCACCCACAUACCAGGGGGAUUUCCACGGCAACCGAAGAGAAGAGAGAAACCGAUUUCUCCUACAGAUAAGAGAGCAAGUUCUCUCUAGAGUUAGGUCAGGGAGAGCACAGCUGAAGCUCGAUGAUGUCAUUCAUUAUGACAUCAUCCCUAACAUAAGUGGGUUGAAGGCAACUCUUCUUGAGCUCAUAUCACCUCGACGUCCACUGAAACCGCGCAGAAAGCCAGCAAGAAAGGCCAAGGCGCAGAAUCAGCAGAUAUCGGAGGCAAAUAUUGUGGUGAGGAUUGUCAGGGCAUUUGGCGUCCCACUGAGGCAUCAUCACCCCUCCGAAGAACAUAGCCAUCGCCGUGGUCGGAGUCUAUCAGUCAGUCCUCCCCGUGGACACACCCCCACCCUCACCUCCUCACACCCUCCCCCACAUCAUCAUCACGAUGAUGAAGACAUGAUUACAGGGGCGCCCCCCGCCAUCCGUAGCACCGUGUGUCCAUUUGUGGAGGUGUCCGUGACUCACAGUGAUGUGUGUCAGAGGACGUCUACUGCUGCUGGUCCCAAUCCUUACUGGAAUGAAGAGCUCACCAUUCCAUUCCACCCUCCAUUCGGAGACUUUUCUCCAAGUAACUUGGCCAAAGUGACAGACUCUAUCCAGUUCAACCUUUUCGACGAGAUCACCAUCGACUUACUUCAGGAUGAUAGGGAGAGGGGUACCAACAUUCACCAGAGGAGAGAGAAGAGGUGGCUGGGCUCUUUCACUCUCCCAUUCUCCACCCUCCAUGCCAGGACCAGAAUUGAAGGGACCUUUGUUCUGGAGGUACCCAAGCUCCUGCUAGGUUACAGCACCUCAUCCGCCCCACUUGACCACACCCACUACGGACAAGGCCACACCCACCAGGGUUCGGGGUGCAGCCACUUGCAGCUGUUCAUAUCACUGGAACCACCGCUUAGCUCUCUCCCACCCAUCAGAGACAUUUUCUCCAGUACAGAGGAGCCACACCUUCUCAGACGUGCCAGUCAGUGGUUGAGGAAUCUGUACGAUGACCAUCCCGAACGUCAGUUCCUGGCAACAGUUCUGGACAGCACAGGGCAUCGUGUGAUUGUCUCCCGCUACAUCCAUCCUCAGUCCCCUCCCGUUGAGAUAUGUCCCGCGGGAGACACCAAUCAGCAACAAGCAAUGGAGCUGUUGGCUCACUAUGUGUCCCUGAUUCCGUUCCUACCUGAUGCCAUCACGUUUUCUGGAGAGUGUGACAUCUGGACCACCUCCGAUCAAUUCCUGCACAUGCUGGCAGGGGAUGAAGAGGAGCACGCUGUCCUCCUGACCAACUAUUUCCUCCACUGUGGCUGGCAGGCCUGGCUGGUGCUCGGCCACGGCAUUCCUGAGGGCCCAACGGCGUAUGUGUUGACGCCAUCUCCUGACAACAGAGCGGGCUACUGGCUGUGGAAUGCCUCAACUGGAACACACACGACUCAGUUUGACCCUCACUGCCCCCUGACCUCUGUUGGGUGUGUCAUCAACAGUCAGAAUGUGUGGGCUAAUGUCCAGGAGCACAGCAGUCCAGGCAGAAUCAGUUUCAACCUCUCCAAUCACAAACACUGGUCUCCUCUCUUCAACACCACCAUGGAGCCUCUUGACACAGUUCAGCAGGGACAGUUGGUGUAUGAUGUCACAGACCAGGUCAGGGUCCACGACCUCCAAGAAGCCAUAGAGAGGGAGAUUAGGGACCACGUGAUGUCACUGAGGUCAAGGUUCAUCACCCGAUGGAACAACAACUGUGGCAGGAUUCUACACGAGAUGCUCACCAGGUACGAGGAGCAAUUGUCUGAUCCUCAGACAUUCCGGGACACUUCCGAACUUGAAGAAAUCACCACCAGCUACUCGCUCUCUGGAUUCCCCCUACAUUUCUCCUAUGCCAACAUACUCCACAUUGUGGGUGCUAUGGAGCGGACCCGACUUCACCUCACAGAGAACAGAAGGACCGAGUUUGGUCUCUCUGUAUACGUCCACCCUUACCCCAAUGACGUCGUGUCGGUGUGGGUAUUUUUAGUGACAAUGAUACCAAAAUAGAACUAUAGACUCUUUGAGAGAGGCGGCCACACUCUUGUCACUUAUACGUGUACACCCACACUUUUCAGUGUUAGUGUGAUACAACAAGGCCACAUUUUGGUGAGGUUUGAGAUGAUAUAAUUAUGAAUGGCGCGGUGAGCAGUGUAGCCUCACUUUACUGCGUUUCCAAUUCUACAUCUGUAUCUGAGCAGCAGCAGAAUUCCAGUAGAUCUAUAUCACGGAAGACGCUGUAGUUGUGGAUGAGUUUCCUAAAGUCAGCCAGAGUCAGUGAUGAACUGGACUGCCACCACUUGUCCAGUAGUUCCAUACACUCAUUCCUGGCACCUGGCGCUUCACAUUGUAGUAUGCCUCCACACGUAUUGUGAGCACACCAACCUCCGUGUGGAAUAUGUGACUGGCUGAAGACACUACUGCCAGGGGAGAGAGAUGAGUAUGUGUCAAGACCAUUACCCACUGAGGCUACCAAAGUGCUGUUGAUGCUAGCCGAGCUGUAAGAGAGACGUUGCUGCUUUGAGAACGGAGACCUGCGUAUUUUCAGGAUGACCGACAGCUCGUACGCAUAGUUGAAGUGAGCCUGAGAGUAAUCGUGCAGAAAUUCGUACAGUUUUUCGUCUCUGACAGUGUCACUGUCAUCGCUGCAUAGUCUGUGAAGUAGCUCCCUGCCCAAGUGUGCGUAGGGCUCAAAGUACAGUAAGUUCGUCACGUUGCAAAACGUGUCUCCCUUUGUGUCGAUCACCCAUUCUUUUGUGUCCACUACACUCGCUGCCACGGUUGACACCUCGUACAGCGUGAUGGAGUCAAGGCAGCGGGUGGCAAAGGGGUAGGGCUGGUUGGCGAGGUCCUUUGGGUCUAUGAGGUAUUGCCCUACUCUAAGGUUGGGACAAAAUUUCAGCCUCACUUCAAGGAUGAUGUGAACUAGCUCCGAUCUGAGGGCGACGCAAUCCAACUCGGACCCAGCCUUUCCCCGCAUUAGGACCACGACAGCCCGGUCCUGCUCCAACAUUUCCACCACGGUCUCGAUGCCGUCCCGGUCCAGCCAACGGAUCCCGUUCUUCCACAUGGUGCACUGUCUCGUACCGAGCCCACCGCACGGAGUUACAGCCGUUGCGAACCCGAAGGAUAUUCGUAGCAGGAGAAUGUGGAGGAGUCGCGGCGUGAAGAAUUGGUUUGCGUGGGAGACUUUCAUACACCAACCAGUGUGGUAGAGAAAUGAUUCGUCUGCUGUCCACACUCGACCGUCGCUGGGUCUCUCGUGGCUCAUCAGUCCUGGAAAGAAGAAGUACCGAGUGUCUUUCUGCGACACGACAUGAUUGCAGCUCUGUGCCCUUCUACCGGUAACGACAAAUGAUGCUUUGUGGGUGUGGUUAUCAAACUUUGGAUCACUUCGACUCUUUCCUCUCUGGUGGACGAUGGGUAUCUGCAGCAAUGAUUCUGCCGAAGGUGUACUAGAUUUUCUCGCAGUUCGAUCAUCUCUCUCUUCAUGUAGUACUUCCAUGGGUUGGGAACAAGAG